GGGAGAAAGAGAGAGAGAGAGCUCCUGGAGUGAAGGACAGUGUGGAGAGGAUGUCUCUGUUUUUACGCACUGCCGCUGCUCUGCUACUUCAGAUCCAUCCGAUGACACAGUUCUCCUUCUCGGUCAUUAUUAAAUCUCUAACAUGCUCUAACAUACUGGACUGACUGGGACUUCAGGCUGACUGAUCUGUUCGGUUUUCGGUGGAAACCUUAUCUUGGAUCGGUGUGAGGCUUUACAGCCGCAGCGACGUGAGCGCAGGGAAACUUGUGAUCUUCAGGAUGGACGUGCCUGUCUUCAUCCUGCUCAUCCACCUGAGCCACACUGAGAUUACAGCGCUGCUGACCAGCAGGCCGGAAGUAGACGCUAGUUGUCCUCUCGGCCAGUUUCCGUGUGGGAACAUGAGUGAGUGCCUCCCACAGGCUUUGCAGUGUAACGGAUACAAAGACUGUCCCAAUGGAGCUGAUGAGCGGCACUGUGGGGACAACAUCGGAUGGGCGGACUUAUUUGGUCAAACGCUACAAGAUGCCAAUGUACAAGAUUCCAAUCACUCUUACCUCCUGAAAGAGUGUUUCUUUCAGGAGUAUCCAGAGAGUUGUGCCUGCAUACAGACAGAUGUUGAGUGUGUGAAGGUCAACCUGCAGGAUGUUCCUCUCCUCUCUCCAAAUGUCACCUGGCUGUCGCUGAGGAGCAACAAGAUCCGAGUGUUGUCCGAUUUCGUUUUCUCAGAAUACUCUUCUCUAGUGAGACUAUUUCUGCAAAACAACAGCCUCCAGUUCAUAUCCAAGCAUGCCUUCAGCGGCCUGCACAGUUUAAAGAGGUUGUUUCUCAGUGAUAACUUGAUAUCCUCCCUCAGUCCUGGUGUGUUCAGGGAUCUCCAGCAGUUAGAGUGGCUGGUGUUGGAUCAUAACCCGCUGAGCAGCUUGUCCCAGGACACUUUCAUCGGGCUCCAGUCUCUCAUGUUCCUAUCCAUGGUGGGCACCGCGCUGCAGCAGCUUCCACACCCGAGCUUCUGUCAACACAUGCCGGCCUUGGACUGGCUGGAUCUGGAGGGAAACCAGAUUCAAAAUCUCAACUACUCCAUCUUGGAGACCUGCAGCAAGCUUGAAGUUCUAUUACUGAUGGACAACCGGAUCCGAAGAGUUCCUGAAAACACGUUUCAGUCUCUGUGGAAACUGGCUGAACUGAAUCUGUCCAGCAACAGGAUCAGGGAGUUGCCGAGAAACACCUUUAAGAGCCUCUCCAGAUCCCUCCUUAAACUAAAUAUCUCCCACAAUCCCCUUCUCCACAUCCACCCCAGCCACUUCAACCACCUGACACAUCUUCAGUCUCUGGCGCUGGAGGGGAUAGCAAUCCCAGACAUUCAGACUAAGAUGUUUCUGCCUAUGAAGAACCUCUCCCACAUCUACUUUAAGACGUUCCAGUACUGCUCCUAUGCGCCUCAUGUCAGGUCCUGUAAGCCCAACACGGAUGGCAUCUCUUCCUUUGAGGACCUGCUGGCUAACCCACUGCUGCGGGUGUCCGUCUGGGUCAUGGCAUUCAUCACCUGUUUCGGUAACCUCUUUGUCAUCGGCAUGAGGUCGUUGAUACGAGCAGAGAACAACUUGCAUGCUGCCUGCAUCAAGGUCCUCUGCUGUGCAGACUGCCUCAUGGGUGUGUACCUGUUUUUCGUCGGAGUGUUUGAUGUGAAAUUCCGCGGGCAGUACAAUCGCAACGCCCUGCUCUGGAUGGAGAGCGUGGAGUGUCAGACCAUUGGAUUCCUGGCCAUGCUCUCCUCAGAGGUCUCUGUCCUCCUUCUGACCUACCUGACUCUGGAGAAGUUCCUUGUCAUCGUCUUCCCUUUCAGCAACCUGCGCCCAGGCAAACUUCAAACUGUGGUGGUCCUGGCCUCUAUCUGGUUGCUGGGUUUCAUUAUUGCUGCUGUGCCCCUGAUGAAUCAGGACGUUUUUGGAAACUACUACGGACGGAACGGCGUCUGCUUUCCCCUGCACUCUGACAGGCAAGAAAAACCUACCGCCAAAGGAUAUUCAACAGGGAUUUUUCUGGGUCUAAACCUAGUGGCGUUCCUGGUGAUCGCCUUCUCCUACUCCAGCAUGUUCUACUCCAUCUAUAAAACGGGCAUCAACGCCACAGACUUGAGGAGCCGACUGCACAGAGACGUGGCUGUGGCCAACAGAUUUUUCUUCAUAGUGUUCUCUGAUGCCCUCUGCUGGAUUCCCAUAUUUCUGGUGAAAAUCCUCUCACUAAUGGAGGUGGAGAUACCUGGCACCAUCACCAGCUGGGUAGUCAUCUUCAUCCUUCCCAUCAACAGCGCCUUGAACCCCAUCCUGUACACCUUGACCACCAGCUUCUUCAGAGAGCAGGUGGAAGUCUUACUCUGUCGCUGGCAGAGAAGACACAUCUUGAAAAAAGACCGCAAAAGCCUCACCUCCUCCACAAUCUUCGUGGAGACGUCGCGGCCGCCUUGCUACCAGCCGCCGGUCUACCUCCAGCGGGUUACACUGACCGGCGCAGAUCCCCGCUACGCCUGAGGCGAGGCUUUGUAAACUACUGGUCUGUAGGAGCCUGCAGACAGCACUGUUUUAACACCGUAUACACACAGGAGGCACUUUGGGAUUCAGCGUCUUGCUCAAAGUUCCUCUGACAUGUGGGCAUGAGGAGCCAGGGAUGAAACCUUCCGAUUUGUGGAUGACCCUCUGCGCCACUCCAGCUACACUAGCCCCCAUGCUUGCCUGCUUAUGUGGCCAUACAUUUGAUAUUGUUCCAGGUAAGGGAACGGUGAAGUGAAGAAAGGAAUAAGAAGGAAGAUGCAUGGAAGGAUAAUUACCAGCAUAUACUGUACGUCUCACUGCUGCCCUGAGGACGAUCACAGUGGACUUAAAAUGUCUUAAACCAAGCAAGAUAAGUGCUUAUAGAUGUUGUUGUUGCCACAUUGAAUCAUCUGAGAUCUGAUUUUAUGAUCCACGUAUUUGAUUUUGCAGAGGUUUUCUACCAGAUGCCUACUGUAUCCUGACGCAACCCCCAUUUACAGGGAAGAAACAGGAGUUCCCGGAGGAAACCCAUACGAACACGGGGGGAACAUGCAAACCCCACACAGAGAGGCCCAGACCGGGGAUUUAACCCUGGACCUUCUUUCUGUGAGGAAACAGUGCUAACCACUGCACCACCGUGCAAGAAAAGUGCUUAUAGUACUUUUAUAAAAUACAUAAUGUCCCACAUAUGUUUACUUUAAUGACCCCUUGGUCAGAAUAUGGAGGUAGAGGGGUGCCCCGCUGUCCUUACCACAGCGGCCCAGGUUCGAAUCCAGUCUAUAUAUAUAUAUAUAUAUAUAUAUAUAUAUGAGCUGAGAAAUAGGUUUAAGGAUAAAUGGUUU